UUACGUUUCGUGUUGAUAUCAAAAUUGAUGUGUGCUUAUCUAAUGACAUUUCUAGUAGGUAUUUCGAUAUAAUACUAAUAAUUACUAGUUUCUCUCCAAAAUAUUUUUCAAGUAAUGUCUAUUAAUUUAACUAAGUAGGUGGGAAGAAACUGUCUGAAUAACUAUUAUUGUGAAUAAAUAAUCUAAAACAUGGGGAUUUUUGGAAACUCUAGUGAUGCUGCUGUCACUGAAGAAGUUGAGACUGCAACAAGCGAGAAGAAUGUCGAAGAGGACUGGAGUCUCAUUAUGAACAUUUGUGAUAAGGCUGGAAAAUCACCAGAUGAUUCUAAGAACUAUCUGAAAGCUAUAACAAAACGUUUAUACAAUUCUGAUCCUCACAUAGGUGUGAAAGCAGUCACUUUAUUGGAUGCUUGUAUCAAAAACUCUGGGAAACAUUUUCACAUGGAAGUAGCUUCCAGGGAUUUUGAGACUGAUUUUAUGAAGUUGAUGACCAAGGCCAAUCCGAACACAGCAAAAAAGUUACGAGAAUCUUUGAAAAAGUGGGCUGACAAUGAGUUCAAAUCGGAUGCUCAACUAAGUCUAAUACCAUCUUUACUCACCAAAUUGAAGAAAUCCUAUGACUUCUCAAAUGUUGAAGCUGUGAGUAACAUUUUUUUCUUCAACUGAUAUUGAUAAUUCCCAAUUAGUGUUAUUUCCAAAUAAAUAAAAUUUCUAAUAUAUAAUUGGGGAAUUUGCAUAUUUUCAAAACAAUAAAAAUGGGCACACACCUUGGAUUUGCUCGAGGUAUAUAUGAUAUGAAUGAUUGUAAGAGUAACUUGAAUAAAUUAAAAUAUUAAACAUACUAAUGAAACAA